ACUCCAAAACCAUCCAGUGUUUUAAGUUGGAACGGAACCCUGAGGGGCCAAAGGAAUAAGUGCUAUCCAAUCACACAAAGAUCCUUUGAUUUUAUUUCGCACCGAGUGGAUCCUAAGCGAUACCAUUCAACGGGAGAUAAUUGAACUUCCUGCCUGGCAGGCAGCUGAAAAUGAAGAACUAGAGGUUCAAGUGGUUUUUCUGGGGGACACGUUCAAGCACCCCACCACUCAGAAUCAGAUUUCAGCCCAGUUCUGGUGGCGAUCUUCUAGCAAUCUUUACCGUUUGAUGACCCUCAAGCGUGUAAGGGAGAUCGUUAUACAUUGCAGUGACUGAGAUAGGGUGGGGAAAAGAAGAGAGAAGCUUUAUUUCCCCUCGAGCUUCUCAUUUUUGCAGUUUUAGGUAUUUAUCUUGUCACUCCAUCUCUGUUUUUACCCCCCCUCCCUCCUCCACGCCUCUGGGAGAGCAAAGGAGAGAAUUGAGUUAUUUCAUCUCUGCUGGAAUUUUUUUUAUUUGCCUUCCCGACUGAUUUUUCUCCUGUACUCCUGUUUACCCCAGACAAAAUGCAGUUGUAUCUCGAGUCAAAAUCAGGAACCUGAUAGCGUUUGGGAAAAGAUUCCUCAAGGAGAGAACAAGAGACGGAAAUCUUCUGAAGCCUAACCCUCCCCUCUCCUCCACCACCCCCCUUUCCCAUCCAGUUUCAGAGGUGUCCUCGGAUAUUCCUUCCUCUUUUUCCCCGGAAUCUGUCAGCAUUCCCGACGGGACGCAGCCAGCUUGUAUCCAUGCCAAUCCUUUGAUAUUAGCUCCCGGUGUCGUCUGCUUCAUUCUGUGGCGGUGCAGGCAGCCAGACGACCGUUCUCCAUGAGGAGCAGUGGAAGAUGCCGGCUCUGCCAGCGCUGCUGCUGUCGAUUCACCUCCUCUUCCUCCUCCUGCUGUUGCUUCUGCUGACCAUGGCCCCGUCCUCUCACAGCCAGGCGCCCGCUCUCGCAGCUGUCAGGAUGGCUGCUAUUUUAGACGAUCAGUCAGCGUGUGGACGUGGAGAGCGGUUGGCAUUGGCUCUGGCCCGAGAGAACAUCAACAGUUUGAUGGAGGGUCCGGCACGAGCUCGCGUGGAGGUCGACAUCUUUGAGCUGCAGAGAGACUCUCAAUACGAGACCACAGACACAAUGUGUCAGAUCCUGCCAAAGGGAGUGGUCUCCGUCAUCGGUCCUGCCUCUAGUCCCGCUUCCGGAUCCACCGUCAGUCAUAUAUGUGGGGAAAAAGAGAUCCCGCACAUCAAGAUCGGUCCUGAGGAGACUCCACGCUUGCCGUAUCUGCGCUUUGCCUCAGUGACGCUGUAUCCUAGCAACGAGGACUUAAGCUUGGCCAUUGUUGCCAUCCUGCGCUCCUUCUGUUAUCCCACGGCCAGCUUGAUUUGUGCCAAAGCAGAGUGCCUGCUGCGAUUGGAGGAGCUUGUGCGUCACUUCCUUAUAUCCCGGGACACACUCUCAGUCAGAAUGCUUGAUGAAAAUUUGGACCCCACCCCGCUGCUGAAAGAAAUCCGCGAUGACAAAGUUGCGACUAUUAUCAUCGAUGCCAAUGCAUCAGUGUCGAUACUAAUAUUAAAGAAGGCCUCAGAAUUAGGCAUGAUGUCAGCCUUCUACAAGUACAUCCUCACCACAAUGGAUUUCCCUCUGUUGAGGUUGGAUGAUGUGGUCGGUGAUCAGUCAAAUAUCGUCGGCUUCUCCAUGUUGAACAGCAGUCAUCCUUUCUACCUAGAGUUCAUCAGGAGUCUAAACCUGUCGUGGAGGGAAGGAUGUGAGCUCAGCCCCUACCCUGGUCCAGCGUUGUCAUCUGCGCUGAUGUUCGAUGCAGUGCAUGUGGUGGUCGGAGCAGUGCGAGAACUGAACCGCAGUCAGGAGAUCGGAGUGAAGCCUCUGAGUUGCACGUCUUCACUCAUCUGGCAGCACGGCACAAGUCUCAUGAACUACCUGCGCAUGAUAGAGUAUGAUGGCUUAACAGGCCGCGUGGAGUUUAACAGCAAAGGCCAGAGGACCAAUUACACACUGCGUAUUCUUGAGAAAUUCAAGGGGGGUCACAAAGAGAUCGGUGUCUGGUACUCCAAUAACACGUUGGCUAUGAACUCCACGUCUUUAGACAUCAACGCGUCUGAGACUUUAGCUAACAAGACGCUAAUCGUCACCACAAUACUGGAAGAUCCAUACGUGAAGCGCAAGGCGAACUACCAGGACUUUCAGGGUAACGAUCGGUACGAGGGAUUCUGUGUGGAUAUGCUGCGGGAGAUGGCAGCCAUGCUGAAGUUUUCCUUCCGGAUCAAGCUGGUGGAUGAUGGGCUGUAUGGAGCUCCAGAACCUAAUGGGUCAUGGACCGGCAUGGUGGGGGAACUCAUCAACAGGAAAGCAGAUCUGGCAGUGGCUGGAUUUACCAUCACAUCGGAGCGGGAGAAGGUCAUCGACUUCUCCAAACCUUUCAUGAACCUGGGCAUCAGUAUCCUGUACCGCGUCCACAUAGGCAGGAAACCAGGUUAUUUCUCCUUCUUGGAUCCCUUUUCGCCAGCUGUCUGGCUAUUCAUGCUUUUAGCCUAUCUGGCUGUUAGCUGUGUGCUCUUCCUGGCUGCCAGGCUGAGUCCGUAUGAGUGGUACAACCCCUUCCCGUGUUUGCAGGACCGCAGGGACCUUCUGGAGAAUCAGUACACACUGGGGAACAGCCUGUGGUUUCCGAUCGGUGGUUUCAUGCAGCAGGGCUCAGAGAUCAUGCCCCGGGCUCUGUCCACACGCUGUGUCAGCGGCGUUUGGUGGGCAUUCACACUGAUCAUCAUUUCCUCCUACACGGCGAACCUUGCAGCUUUUUUGACGGUCCAGAGGAUGGAGGUGCCAAUCGAAUCUGCUGACGACUUGGCCGAUCAGACAAACAUCCAGUAUGGGACUAUUCACGGAGGAAGUACUAUGACCUUCUUCAUGAACUCGCGCUACCAGACGUACCAGCGCAUGUGGAAUUACAUGUACUCCAAGCAGCCCAGCGUGUUCGUCAAGAGCACGGAGGAGGGCAUAGCACGGGUUUUAAACUCCAGGUACGCCUUUCUUCUGGAAAGCACCAUGAACGAGUACCACCGACGCCUCAACUGCAACCUCACACAGAUUGGAGGCCUGUUGGACACCAAGGGCUACGGCAUCGGCAUGCCUCUGGGUUCACCAUUCAGAGAUGAGAUUACAUUAGGCAUACUGCAGCUGCAAGAGAACAACAGAUUAGAAAUCCUAAAGCGUCGAUGGUGGGAGGGUGGAAAGUGUCCUAAAGAAGAAGACCACCGAGCCAAAGGUCUAGGUAUGGAGAAUAUCGGCGGGAUAUUUGUUGUGCUGAUAUGUGGACUCAUAAUAGCUGUUUUUGUAGCCAUUAUGGAGUUUGUGUGGUCCACGCGCCGCUCGGCCGAGACAGAUGAGGUGUCGGUAUGUCAGGAAAUGAUGACUGAAUUCAGAGACGUUAUCUCCUGUAAAAAGAACUCACGGUUGCGCCGCCGGCGACCCCUCUCGUCCCAGGGCAUCCUCCGGCACCCGGCCCGUCUCCCUUUAGGAGCUCCUCGUCAAAUGCGCCUCGUGCGGGAGAUGCGUCUCAGCAACGGCAAACUCUACAGCGGGACAGGAACGUUAACUGGCACCGCAGCAGGGCCGGGACUUGGUGGGGGCGCUGCGGAAAUGGGCCCUGGCCCCCAGCGAUUGCUGGAGGACCCUCUCGGCGCCAGUGUCCCCGGUAGCACACCCGCUCUGGUCUCCACGGCGGUGCCUCGCGGCUGCACACACGUGAGGGUGUGCCAGGAGUGCCGACGGAUCCAGAGCCUCCGCUCUACGUCGUCUUGCUCACGCAUCUCACCACUGGCCUCCGCCACGUCCUCUCUCCCUCGUUUGCCACCGCCGCCCACCUCCGCCUCUAAUACAAACACUGACAGCGAGGGAGGAGGCUCAGACAGCCCACGCAGGGCCAAACCCACACCCCCUCCAAGGCCGCUGCCGCCCACUAAAACUCCCUCCACUGAUCUCCUCUGCCAGCAGGACUGAGAACAAGAGUAAGGAAACUUUUUGUCGGGACGAAAAUGUAAUGUAAAUGAGUGCUGGAGGACAGACGGAAACACUCUGCCCACGCCUUCAGUCAAAGUGACCUGUGGGAUACUGCAAAUAAAGGCCAUUUUUGGAUGCAAAAUUACACUGAGUGAGAGCGAGAUGAUUCAGCCAACCGCUUGUUGUACAAGUGUCUGGUUUUAACACCACAUCUUGCGGAAGUGCUCAGAAGGCCAGUGAGAUUUGGCAUGCUGUUGAGACUAUGUAAUGCAUAUCCUGUGAGAGUACGCUAUGCAACAUGUCAUGAAGGGAAAGGUGGAGGAAAACUAUGAGGGCAGCUAUUCGUUUUGCAUAGAAGUGUGGAUCUUCUUCAUGCUUUUUAAUGGGGGACUACGCUUCUGUGAGAGUCCGGAGGAGUCUGCACCUAAAAUGUGCACAUUGAACUGAAACGCAAAUUCAUUUUAUUUUAUUUCUUCGUUCUUUUUGGGGUUACUAUUCAUUUUUAUGCCUGAAUGUCUCUUGCUUGUUUUCCUUUCUAGCUUUUCUUUGAUUUAAUUCUUUCAGUUUAAAAAAAGACUAUACCUGUUUUUCCCUAUUGUUAAUUUCUCGGAGGAGAAAGUAUAUAGAUUUUUUGGGGAGGUUUUGUGGUCAGGAAUUGGUUUUCCUCUUCUUCAACCUCUAAGAUUACUCACUUGGUUUCUGUCUCUCAUUUUAAACACCAACUGUUAAAGGUUAAAAUAAACAUGAAAGGCAUUAAAAACCCAGAUUACUUCCAUAACGUGACACCUUUCCAGUCAAAACAGGAUAUUCAAGCAGGGGAAUGUAGGACGGGAUGAAAAACUCCAAAAGUGUGUGUUCCAGACCUGAAUGUCAUUGGAUUAUGGAGUGUACAGUAAGAUUCACCCUUUAGACCGUCUCAGCAAAUCCCAUUGGUAACACUGCUUUCCAAAUCAACACUUGUUUGCUAUUUUUGCCAUAACCUCCAUUCUAUUAUUGUUAACCAUCAUUGAAUUACUGAGCUCAUUAUUGGCAAGAUUUUAAAAAGGCUGCAUUACUGUACUUAAUACAGUACUCUAUAUUAAUGCCAAAUUGGCAGUUGGUUAUUAUUAACCUCGAAGAUGUCAACUAAACAAGAAAGUUACAAUUUUUAGCAUUUUCCCUAACAUGCACUGGGGAAUUGUUCACAGUAAGACCAGGAAUGUGUGUAAAGAAACUAAAUAGGAUCUGUUUCGAUUUCAUGUUGACUUUAACCAGCUUUCCCCUCAGUAUUUUGCAAUUCUCAAGAACACGGAGAAACAGUGACAACAACAAUAAGAUGAGACAGAAAAGCCUUUUUGCAUCUGAAGGGACAUUUUUCGGUUUAUGUGAGAAGACGGUUAAUGAUGCUUUUCAUGACCGAACAAAAUGAGCCUGUAUCAUGAAUGGUUUGUUGAAGUGCACUGGAAGUUGCUGUCUGGGUGCUUGUGAGACGCAGUUAUCCAUUUACUGUAUGUCCAAAGUGUAAACAUAGCAGCCCUGUGUAGAAUCUGCAGCACUAUAUCAUUCAUAUUUUGGUGCUUUAUGAUUGUGUGUGAGAAUGAG